GGUUUCAUGGUUCAGAGAGGCUGAAUCCCAGUCAUGCAGGCUGUUUGGGGAGGAGCGAGAAACCGCGUGACCCGGAAGUGCUGUUAGUGCUGCGAAAACAACCAGGGACCUGCUUCCAGCUGAGCUGUCGAGAAUUCCUCUGUCUCCCUAGUGUGUGAGCCAUGUCUCGUGCACGACAGCCUCCGCUAGUUACUGGCAUCUCACCCAAUGAGGGCACACCAUGGACUAAAGUCACUAUCCGUGGAGAAAACCUGGGCACUGGAGCUAAUGACCUCAUUGGCCUGUCUAUCUGUGGGCAUAACUGUCUGCUGACGGCUGAAUGGAUGUCUGCCAGUAAGAUUGUGUGCCGUGUUGGUCCUGCUAAAGAUGACAAGGGCGAGAUCAUCGUCACGACUAGGAGCGGAGGCCUAGGCACAUCCACAGUCUCUUUCAAAGUCCUCAAAGCUGAUAAGAUAGAUAUUCUAGAGCAGUCUGCUGUGUGGGUAGAUGAGGUGAAUUACUACGACCUACGACUAAACCGUAACAAAGGCAUUUCCCCCCUCUCUCUGCGGCAGGCCGAUCCACUGGGCAUCGAAACUGAUAAGGGAAAAGUUCCUCUGAAAGAUUUGGAGAGUUUGUUUCCAGGGAUGAGUGGAGAUUUCACGAGUGAGAAUUUCUCCGCCACUUGGUACCUCAUUGAGAACCACUCUACAACCAGUUUUGAGCAAUUACGCCAGGCAGUGGGAAAUCUGAAAAAGCAGGCAAGUAAGAAGAAUGAGGGAAGUCUGGCCUGUGUGAAAGGAGGACUUAGCACUUUCUUUGAAGCCCAGGAUGCUCUGGCAGCUAUUCAUCAGAAGCUGGAAUCAGAUGGCACUGAGAAGGUGGAGGGCUCCAUGACUCAGCGAUUAGAGAGUGUCCUCAACAGGGCAAGCAAUACUGCCGACACUUUGUUUCAAGAGGUUUUGGGCCGAAAGGAUAAAGCCGACUCUACACGCAAUGCCCUUAAUGUACUGCAGCGUUUCAAAUUCCUCUUCAACCUGCCACUCAACAUUGAGCGCAACAUCCAGAAGGGGGAUUAUGACGUGGUCAUUAAUGACUAUGAAAAAGCCAAGUCCCUGUUUGGGAACACAGAAGUUCCUGUCUUUAAAAAAGUAUAUACGGAGGUGGAAACUCGUAUCAGUGCUCUGAGGAAUUUACUGCUGGAUAAAUUACUGGAGAUGCCUUCUACUCUGCAUGAUCAGAAACGCUACAUCAGGUACCUGUCAGACUUACAUGCUCCCGGUGACCCAGCGUGGCAGUGUAUCGUGGCCCAACACAAGUGGAUACUACAGCUGAUGCAGAACUGUAAAGAAGACUUCAUUAAAGAGCAGAGAGUGGGUGGUGGAGGGCUGGAGCUGGAUGGAGAACCUCGCUCAUCAGCUCUGAGCAGAAUCAGUCACACUGCCUCUCUAAAGAGAGGCAGCAGCCUCCAAACAAAUAGAGAUGACUCCUGGCACUAUAAGAGCCCUCAGCAGGUGAGGUUCGUGGAGAAGCUGUCAGACGUUGUCAUCAGUCAGCUGCCGAAUUUCUGGAAACUGUGGAUCUCCUAUGUUAACGGCAGCCUUUUUAGCGAGACUGGGGAGAAGUCGGGUCAGGUGGAGAAGCUGAAGAAGAACGCACGACAGAGACAGAAUGACUUUAAAGGCAUGAUCGAGGAGGUGACUCGGCGUUUGGUUCAGCUGGUGCGUGGUGCUCUGUUACCUAGUAGUCUCUCUGAGAAUGAGCUGCGUGUAUACGGGGGCUGGAACACCAAGAUCCCCCUCACUGGAGCCUGGCUCACACAGGUCAUACACACUGUCAGGCUGAGUCACGAGGCUCUGUCAGCUUUAGAAAUUCCUAAUGAUUUGCUGCAGGUGAUUCAGGAUUUGCUGCUCGACCUGCGUAUGCACUGCCUUCUCAUCACCCUGCAGCACACUGCUGAAGAUGUCAAGAGACUUCCAGAGAAAGAAGACUGGAUUGUAGAUAACGAGGGAAUCACAUCGCUGCCGGCCCAGUUUGAGCAAUGCAUGGUGCAGAUGCUGCAGUCCCUCAAGGAGCCCAUGGAGUGUAAGCCUGGAGAGGUCAAUGUUUUUCAGCUGGAGCUAGCUCAGAAUAAAGCCUGCGAGCUGUGUGUGGGCAUCAUGAAGGUGUUCAUCAACUGUAUGGAGCAGCUUAGCACCAAGACUGAUGGAGACAUUGAUACCUCCCAUUUGUCUGUGGAUAUGGCAUCACCCGAUCUCUUUGGAAGCAUUCACGAAGACUUUGGUCCAUCAUCAGAACAGCGCCUUCUCAUAAUUCUGAGUAACUGUCAGUAUUUGGAGAGACAUACCUUCCUUAACCUUGCUGAGCACCUGGAGAAACAUGGCUUCACCACAGCUGAAAAGAUCACCAGAGUGAGCAUUGAGGCAGUUCGUCAGUUGGAUGAACGAUUGCUUGAGUCAUACAUUGAGAAGAAGUCUGAUCCCAUUGUGGGCUCUCUGGAGCCAGGAAUCUAUGCAGGCUACUUUGACUGGAAAGACUGCCUCCCACCUACAGGUGUACGGAGUUAUUUGAAGGAAGCUUUGGUCAGCAUCAUCUCCGUUCAUGCUGAGGUUUUCACCAUUUCUAAGGACCUGGUUUCACGUGUUCUGUCAAAGAUUGUUGAAUCCGUGGCUGAAGAGAUGAGUCGUCUAAUGCAGUGUGUGUCAUCCUUUAGCAAGAAUGGUGCACUGCAGGCACGUUUGGAAAUCUGUGCACUCAAGGAUGCUGUAGUUUGUUACUUGACACCAGAUAGCCAAGCUAGCUUUAAACAAGCAGUCGAGGCCCUGCCACAGCUUCAGAGUGGAGCUGACAAGAAGCUGUUGGAGGAGUUGUUGAAUAAGUUUAAGAGCAGUAUGCAUUUUCAGCUCACCUGUUUCCAGCCUUCAUCUGUUCAGCCCAUCAAAAGAUAAGCCACUACUCUACACAGUGCAUAAACAGUUAUACACAGUGCCAAGAAUUUCAGCCUAUUAUUUCUAGUACAUGAGUAAAAAGUUGAUUGUACUGUUACUACAUGAAUUAUGUUUACUGGUUGCAGUUUCCAUUAAAAGUAUCAACACUCAAAUAA